AUGACGCAGCUUGUCUCGCAUUUCGAGACCUUCCACACCGGCCCCCUCCAUGCCGUUUCGUUUGACUUGUACGGCACUAAAGUUGCAACAGCCAGCAGCGACGAGUCCAUUCGCCUUUGGGAUGUCUCAGCAGAAUCUGGAGGCGCUCAGUUUAUUCAGGAACUCCGCGGUCACAACGGCCCUGUCUGGCAGGUCUGCUGGGCCCACCCCCGCUUUGGACAGGUGUUAGGGUCUUGCGGCUAUGAUCGCCGAGUUGUGGUCUGGGAGAGGCAGGAACGAGAUCAGGGUUUUACUGCAGUAUAUUCAAAUGAUGAACAUUCAGCGUCUGUGAAUACUCUGGCAUUUGCACCAGAGAGCGCGGGGCUGGUGCUGGCUGCAGGCAGCAGCGACGGCACUAUCUCAAUCCUUUCGCAUGCAGAGGGGGCCCCACAGCAGUGGAGUCGUCAAGCUUUUUCUGCGCACUUCAACGGAGUACUAGCCCUUUCUUGGGCCCCCAUUGGGGCCCUCUCAGCCUCCAUUGAAGGCAAACCAAAUGGCUUGCUGCUGGCUUCAGGAGGAGCAGACAACCGUGUCCGCCUCUGGGAGUGCGACCCUUCAAAGGCAAGGCACAUACAGUGGAUUGAGUUGCCGCCCAUGGCGGGGGAGCCGCACUCUGACUGGGUGCGAGAUGUAGCGUUUAGGCCUCAAGGGGCUUCUUCUUUUGUUGUUCCCGGGGCCUUGCUGCUGGCCUCCUGCAGCGAAGACAAGACAGUUAAGCUGUGGAUAGGCGAGCCCCCCGCGCAGCAGCAGCAGCAGCAGCAGCAGCAGCAGCAGCAGGAUACCCUGGUGAGCCCAGCGCCGUCGCAGUACAAGUGGCGCUUGCUGCAGACCCUCGUCUUCGAUGCCCCUGCCUGGAGGGUUAAUUGGAGCAGCAGCGGGGCCCUCUUAGCUGUUGCAUGCGGCGAGUCUGCAGUGCUGCUGCUGAAGGAGAAUAUGCAUGGUAACUGGGAGCUCGUAACAGACUUGGCAGAGAAAGCGGCACUGCAGCAGCAACAGCAGCAGCAGCAGCAGCAGCAGCAGCAGCAACAGCAGCAGCAGCAGCAACAGCAGCAGCAACAGCUGCAGCAGCAGCAACAGCAGCAGAUGCCACAGUUUCAGCAGCAGGUACCGCAACUGCAACAGAUGAAUAUGCAGCAACAGCCCACGCAGCAGCAGCUCAUACAGCAGCAGCAGCAGCCAAUGAUGCAGCAGCAGCCACCGUUGCGUCAACAGCAACCUCUCCAGCAGCAGCCCCCGCAGCAGCCUCCGCCGCAGCAACCGCAGCAGGCCCCUCCGCUCCCUCACGCCUUCGGUCUUCCCCCUCCGCAGCAGCAGCAGCAGCAGCAGCCAACCCCACAGGUGGGCCCUAUGGGUUCCAUGCCGCCUAUGGGGGCCUCUGCGGCGCCUGCGGGUAUGGGGGCCCCCCCCCUUGGGGGCCCCAGCCCAGUGGGGGGUGUGCGGCCGCCCCCAAUGAUGCCAGCAGCAGCAGGACUGCAGCAGCAGCAGCCUGGAGGGGUGCAGCAGCAGCCACCUAUGCAGCAGCAGCCUGUGCAACAGCAGCAACAGCAACCUGUGCAGCAGCAGCAGCAGCCUAUGCAGCAGCAACCGCAGCCCGUUUUGCAGCAGCAACCUGUGCAGCAUCAGCCUACACCAGGCAGUGGUUUCAUGCCCCCAACUUCUAUGCAGCAGCAGCAGCAGCAGCAGCAGCAGCCAGGAGGCCGGCUGCCGAUGCCUCCCCCAGCGGGUGGUGCUUUGAGUGCUGCUGCUGCUGCUCCUGCUCCGUCAGCUUCUCCUGCAGCCCCACAGCCUUUCCUUGCGCCUAGUGCUGCUCCUCCUCUUCCUCGUGGAGGGGCCUUUGGGGCCCCCCCGCUGCCGCCUCAGAGCGCAGGGUUUGCUCCUCAGGGGGCCCCCCCUAUGAGGGCCCCCAUGCCGCCUCCCAUGGGCCCCUCAGGGUACUGA